UUAUCCCUACAUGCGCGCUGCGAGAGCCAUCACUACCGCCGAACCCAACCUUCUAGUCCACAUUCGUCUUCAACAUCCUCAAACCAGAAGACCUUCACUGUUGAAGCACCGCAUCACCGCUGGGACUUCCUUCUCCUUAAUAUCGUCUUCCUCCUCGUUCUCGUCCAAAUCAAAACUAUCCUCCAACGUUCCACCACCUUCGCCUAUGAAUUCCUUCUGCACCUGGUCGGAUCGACCGGAGCUAUCACUUCCAUCUCCUUCCACUUCCUCUUUUUUCCUCCCCGCGUUCGCCUCGGCCAGCGAAUUGCUCCAACACCUCGUAGGGUCCCCUAUUUUGUCUUCGUGCCUGAUUUCUCGAACGUUUUUUUAUGGAUAGGAGAAGUUGUGCAAUUGUGGAUGAAUUGAAGGAUUUGGAGGCAGUGGUGACUUUCAACACCAAUGUCGAGAGCUACCAUUGAUGGAUUGCUUUGGUUACCAGCGAUCUAUCUCCUGGGUCGCUGGUCUAGCCCCCGACCUAGCCCAAACUUGAGUAUAUUGGAAAUUUUUUUAUAAGUGUUGUAAUUUCUGAAUUUGUUUUAACAACUUCUGCAAUUUGGGAUUUUUUUCCUCAAUGUUUAUAUAUAUCAUCGCCAUAAUGACAAGUCCAACCUUCAUUGUUGCUGCAGUCGUAUUCCCAAACAUAUAGUGGUCCUCAAAUAAAACUUCAAUUAAGCAUCUUCCCUUUUCCGCAGUGCCGAUUUUGUCCAAAUGGCAUAAAAACCCCAUCCUCAUCAUCCAUCCACUUUGCAUACUGCAUUAUGAAUGCAAACGGAUGAACCGAAUAAACCCCAUGUGAAAAUAAAAAAGAAAAUCUCAACAACACGCACAAAAUUCCGAAUCCUCUCUCCCCCCGAAACCCCUGACAAAUUCCGGCAUAAAAUUGAAAACCGAAAAAGAACCCUUCCAAUUCCCUUUCCCUUUCCCCCCAACAUCUUCGUCGCACUCUGUUUCACACCAACCAACUUCCAUUUCCAAUUCCAAUUCUCCCCCAUUUCUCUCCAAGCCAUGAACGAACCAUUCCAGAAGCCCAGAAGAUCGAUCAAAUCCAGGGAAGUUGGCUCCAGGUACCUCCAGACCACUCCAGCUUCACCCUCUCGUGACAUCAAUGGCGGCCACCCAUCUCCAUCCCCUGUUUCUCAAGCUCCUGCUUCCCCAGCCCGCACCAAUAAGUCCACCGCCGCCGCCCGCAAGUCCCGCAAUCACGACGACCCGGCAUCCACUCGCGGCAGCGGCCUCCUCUGGCCUUCGUCCGCCAUCUCUUCCAACCCAUCGACCGAUAAUAUCGCCACCGCCGCUCAUGGCGGAGUCAAGACCGCUAAAACUCUGGGGGAUCAUUUUCGGGGGAGCAAGAGAUUGAUUAACGAAGUCCUGGAAGAGAAGAAAUCAGACCCAGACAAGUUAUCAUCCGCCGCCGCCAACAGCGGGUUCUCCGCUCUGGGAAGACAGAGGAGCGGCAGAGAAGUAGCCAAGUGCGAGAGCGACAGAGCGAUUCAGUUUCAGAAGGAGAAUCACCGCCCCGGAGGACUCGGCGGCUCGUUCAGGUACGCCGGCGGGAAGCUCGGAUUCCGUGGAGGCAAUAAACCCUCUUCCCCUUCUCCUUCUUCUUCCUCCUCUUCGACUUCCACUUCGUCGACUUCUUCCAAUACCCUUCUCUACACCAACGCCUGCUACGUCCCGGGGAGAUUCUCCGUCGACGAGAAUGCUCUGUACAAGAGCUCCCUCCCCGGAGCCGCCACCUCCCGCCGGCAAUCGGACAUGUUCCCGGAGCGAAUCGACCAGGACGUGUGCGACUGGGCCGGAAAUUGCGCUGAAUUCGAAUGCUUCGACCCGAAGAUUGAAAACCCAGUUAGCAACCGAAGGAGAAAAUCAGGGAUCGAAGUUUCUUCCAAGUACUUGAACAACCUUAACCGACGGGGCCCCGACCCGAAAUCCGUACCCGGGUCGCCAGUCCUCGACGGCGGCCCGUCCCCUUCCCCAAACUUGUCCCCGAAGAGGAACAAUAAGAAAUUGAGCAUCAAGGCAGGGUUCAGAAGGGCGCACUCGCUCACGCUCCCGGGCUCAACGGGCCCGUCGCAGUGGGCCCUAUCUCCGGGCCGGACCGGGUCGCCGCCCAUGACGGUGGAGAACAAAGAACGGCCCAUGUCGUUCUCCACGUGGAAGCCGCCGACGAGCCCGAAGAAGCAUGGGGGCAUGGAGAAAUUGCUGAGCAUGGGGCUUGAUUUCUUCAAGAGCAGCGCCAAAAUCAAGAGAAUUUCUUCUUCUUCCUCGACUUCUACCUCGACAUCAACCUCGAAUUCUUCUUCUUCCUCCGCCGCCUUCUCUACCUCGUCAUCGUCCAGUUCGUUGUUGGACAACGCCGAAAACGUCCAUCAGCUGAGAUUGAUCCACGGCAGGCUGCUGCAAUGGCGGUACGCCAAUUCCAGGGCUGAAACAACCAACGAGAAGUUGGAGAAACAAGCCGAGAGUGAUAUGGUAUUAGCGUGGAGCACAAUUGUGAGAAAGCGGCAGAAUGUUGUGAAGAUGAGAUUGCAGCUCCAGAGGGAACAACUGGAGGUGAAACUGGAAUCAAUUCUCCAUUGGCAAAUGAAUGCUCUGGAGAGAUGGGAGGAAAUGGAAAGGCAACACACUGCAGCAUUGUCGAAAACACAGGAAUCCUUGAACGCUGUGGUUUGCAGAGUUCCACUGAUCAAGGGCGCAAGGGUGAACGAGGAGCUGACUUCUCUGGCAUUCAGGCAUGCUACAGAUUUGACGAACUCCAUCAGAUGGGCUUUGAGCUCAUUUUCAUCUCCGGCCGAUGAGACGGUGGAGAUGGUAUCAGAACUGGCGAAAGUGGUUGCACAAGAGAAGUUGUUGAUACAAGAGUUCCACGAGAUUCAGCACACCAUAUCUGCGCUACAGGUUGAGGAAAGCGACUUGAAGGCUGCCAUAAUCCAGCUCACUUCUUUGCAGCUUUUGCAACAGCAUCACCAAAAGCAAGAAGAGCGGUGCUGACUGUUGAUGGAGGGAGACAGAGGAUUCUUUUCUUUCAUCUUCUUGUUAUUUUUUUCUGUUGUUGGUGGUGAAAUUUUUUGGGGACACAACAAGGAUUGGGGCGGUGACAGUUGGAGUUGGAACGAAGCAAGAGGAAUUUGUUAAUUUUUGAACUGUUCAAACUCCAGAUGUCACCCUCCAUAGGGUACUAAUAAAAUCAUUAAAAACAAAAUAGUGCAAUUUUCCUAUCCUCCUUUAGAUUCCUUGUUUUGUUUCCUUUUACCGGAUGAUCCAAGUUUGUGUUUCGACAGACACUAGCUUAUUACCCAGUCACUUGGCAGGACGUAGUCACGAAAAUUGACUCUUUGAUUCUAUCUGAUAUUACCCCUUAACAUGUGUGCGGCGAUGGCCGGAGGUUUGUCAACAACACCAUAAUAAUAUAUGUAAAGUCAUUACCCGUUAAUAUGUAUGUGGCGAUGGCCGGAGGUAGGUCAACAACGCCAUAAUAAUAUGAUGAAAAGUCAUUAUCCCAUUGCAUUACAAAAGAAACAGUAAAACAUAAACACUAUAAUGGACAAUCCAAACCAAGCUAUUAGCCUUAUAUAUAGCCACUAUUGUCAUGCAACAUGAUGCUCCUAAAGUGAACAUGAAAAAUCAAAGGAAUGCUUACCUGGUUCCAAUUACCGAUGGUAAAAACGAAAACCACCAAGAGAUUUCAUAAGAAAAACCCAAUCUGGAUUGCCCUUAUACCAAAAACCACAGGGACACAAAAGGCGAUAAAUCCCUGGUUGAAAAAACAAAAACCAGCAAUGUCCAAAUCAAGUCGAUGGAAUGCGUCGGCCAGUUUUUUCUGAUAAAUAGUUUUGUUAAUUAAAAUGACAAGAAAAAAAAAUGAAAUUCAAAGCAUGCAAUUUUCUGUAGAAAUCUCAUAUACAAACAAAAGAAAAAGGCAAGCUAUAUAUGCCUGGAAGCACCAACAGAUAAUAAUUUUUGUCAAUAUCCCUACCACUGUGAAAUCCUACCAAAUCACUCCUAACCACUUUGCUACACUAAACACACAAAUGACUUACAACUCUGUACUUUUUAUCUCUUCAGUCUGUAUAAGUCAAUCGCCAUGAACCCUCCCCAUUAUCAUGAUUCUUAUCCUUCUCGACAACAAACACACUGAUUGGUCCACUCUUACCCCUUCUUCAUGGCAACUACAUGGUAUUUUGAAUCAGUGCAAAUUAAUUCAAACAACCAUUCCUUGCUGCAAUUUAUGGCUUGGGGAAAUAUCACUUUAGUCAUAAUACUAAUUUACAUGAAAUGAAAGAAAUGAUCAUUAUAAUAGCCUUAUAAAAUUUAGAGUACCAAUGGUGAUUCCUCUCUUCUCCUCGGUGGCUUUGUCAAUAGAAUGAGAUUGAUGACUAUCUCUACCAACGCAUUCUAUAUGAUCAUAGUAUGGCCUUUUGUGUAAAUCAUUUCUACCUUGCCCAUUUUCACACCCCAACUCCAAGAGCUAACUUGUUGGGGCUCUCCUCUAGGUAAACAACUUGUAUCAACAUCAAACAUGAAAACAAAAAUUGCUUUGGUUGAGAUACUAGUAUCAGGAUCUUGUGCUCUGUAGAAGGCAAAAUCGUUUCUCAGGCAUUGUCAACCCCAAUCAAUUUGAAGUGGGCCAUUGCUCUCUUACCGUCUAAAUUAAAGAGCAAGCUCAGGUUAGCCUCUUUUAUAUCUUAACUUGACAAUUUUUUAGAGGAGAUACAAUCAUGAUUCACAAUUCUAAAAACAACCACCUCAGGUAAUACAAUCUUAUGGAAACAACACUAAUGAAGCUCCCAAAUUACAAUUAUGUACAUGUUUCCUAUGAGGGUGUGCAUGUGCAGAUUAAGAAAAAUAUAAGGAUUGAGGAGGGAGCUUACUUGGUACACGAUUUUUAUGAGCAAAAAUCCCGUCAAUAAAUUCCAGGUGGAUAU